UACACUAGAGUUUGGGAGGAGGAGGAGCCGGAGCUGGAACUGUGCUCCUGCCCCCAGUUUGUCCUGGGAGGAAGGGUGUUUCCUUCUGUAACUUGUUCCGUGGUGGCUAAGUGUUUGGGAAGUUUCAGCCCGCAGUUCCAGUCGGGAAAGAGAGAGCGCACCCCUUAUCCUGGUGCGUCCCGCCGCCCUUCAUGUAAGCGGUGCAGCAGCGGGGAGCGCAGUGGGAAGAGUCCAUUUUCUGAAACGGGGACCGGAUACCUUCCACACACCCAGGGAACCCAACAAUGACCACCCAAGUAACACUGGAGGACGCUUUGUCCAAUGUGGAUCUGUUGGAGGAGCUGCCAUUACCAGACCAGCAGCCCUGCAUUGAGCCACCUCCCUCCUCAAUACUGUUCCAGCCCAAUUUUAACACUAACUUUGAAGACCGAAAUGCAUUUGUCACAGGGAUUGCAAGAUAUAUUGAACAAGCUACUGUGCAUUCUGGCAUGAAUGAAAUGCUUGAAGAAGGGCAGGAAUAUGCUAUCAUGUUAUAUACAUGGAGAAGCUGUUCAAGAGCCAUACCACAGGUUAAAUGCAAUGAGCAGCCUAAUCGUGUGGAAAUAUAUGAAAAAACUGUGGAUGUAUUGGAGCCUGAGGUUACUAAGCUGAUGAACUUCAUGUACUUUCAGAGAAAUGCCACAGAACGGUUCUGUGCGGAGGUAAAACGCCUGUGCCAUGCUGAACGACGGAAGGACUUUGUAUCUGAGGCCUACCUUAUGACCCUUGGAAAAUUUAUCAAUAUGUUUGCUGUCUUGGAUGAACUUAAAAACAUGAAGUGUAGUGUUAAAAAUGACCAUUCUGCAUACAAGAGAGCAGCUCAGUUUCUACGAAAAAUGGCAGACCCACAAUCAAUCCAGGAAUCUCAGAACCUGUCUAUGUUUCUGGCCAAUCACAAUAAGAUCACUCAGUCUCUUCAGCAACAGCUGGAAGUUAUUCCUGGCUAUGAAGAGCUCCUUGCUGACAUAGUUAAUUUGUGUGUUGACUACUAUGAAAAUAAAAUGUAUCUGACGCCCGGGGAGAAACACAUGCUUCUAAAAGUAAUGGGCUUUGGACUUUAUCUUAUGGAUGGCAGUGUGAGCAACAUCUAUAAACUGGAUGCCAAAAAGAGGAUUAACCUGAAUAAAAUAGACAAAUUCUUUAAGCAACUACAGGUGGUUCCUCUGUUUGGUGAUAUGCAAAUUGAGCUUGCAAGAUAUAUUAAAACAAGUGCACAUUAUGAAGAAAAUAAAUCCAGGUGGACCUGUACCUCAUCAAGCAGCAGCCCACAGUAUAAUAUAUGUGAGCAGAUGAUUCAGAUCAGAGAAGACCAUAUGCGCUUUAUUUCUGAGUUGGCCCGCUAUAGCAAUAGUGAGGUGGUGACUGGAUCAGGUCGCCAAGAAGCCCAGAAGACAGAUGCAGAGUACCGAAAACUUUUUGACUUGUCUUUGCAAGGGCUUCAGCUCCUGUCUCAGUGGAGUGCACAUGUAAUGGAAGUGUACUCAUGGAAGCUUGUUCACCCAACUGAUAAAUACUCCAAUAAAGACUGCCCAGACAAUGCAGAAGAAUAUGAGCGUGCUACAAGAUACAACUAUACCAGUGAGGAGAAAUUUGCUCUGGUUGAGGUCAUUGCGAUGAUAAAAGGUCUACAAGUCCUUAUGGGCAGAAUGGAAAGUGUAUUUAAUCAUGCCAUACGCCAUACUAUCUAUGCUGAGCUUCAGGAUUUUGCCCAGGUUACACUAAGGGAGCCACUGAGACAAGCUAUUAAGAAGAAGAAAAAUGUAAUACAAAGUGUGCUCCAGGCUAUCAGAAAGACUGUUUGUGACUGGGGAGCUGGAUGUGAACCAUUCAAUGACCCUGCACUCAGAGGAGAAAAAGACCCAAAGUCUGGAUUUGAUAUAAAAGUUCCUAGACGUGCUGUUGGACCAUCUAGCACCCAGCUUUACAUGGUGAGAACCAUGCUAGAGUCCCUCAUUGCUGACAAAAGUGGUUCCAAGAAAACCCUGAGAAGUAGCCUAGAGGGUCCCACCAUUUUGGACAUAGAAAAAUUUCACCGAGAAUCUUUCUUCUACACACAUUUGAUAAAUUUCAGUGAGACCUUACAGCAGUGCUGUGACUUGUCCCAGUUAUGGUUCAGGGAGUUUUUCUUGGAGUUGACAAUGGGCCGUAGAAUUCAGUUUCCUAUUGAGAUGUCGAUGCCAUGGAUUCUGACUGACCAUAUUCUGGAGACAAAGGAGGCAUCUAUGAUGGAGUAUGUCCUCUACUCUCUGGAUCUCUAUAAUGACAGUGCACAUUAUGCACUUACAAAGUUCAAAAAGCAGUUUCUCUAUGAUGAAAUUGAAGCUGAGGUAAACUUGUGCUUUGACCAGUUUGUCUACAAGUUAGCUGACCAAAUAUUUGCCCACUACAAAGUUGUAGCUGGCGGCCUUCUUCUAGACAAGCGACUUAGAGCAGACUGUAAGAAUCAGGGAGCCAGUAUCUCCCAGCCAACAUCCAAUCGCUAUGACACUUUGCUGAAGCAGAGGCACGUACAGCUUCUAGGGAGAUCAAUUGACCUAAAUCGCUUAAUUACUCAGAGGAUUUCGGCUGCUCUUUAUAGAUCACUUGAGCUAGCUAUUGGGCGGUUUGAAAGUGAAGACCUAACCUCAAUUGUUGAGUUGGAUGGUCUUAUUGAAAUAAAUCGAUUGACGCACAAGCUGCUGAGCAAGUAUUUGACCCUGGACAGUUUUGAUGCUAUGUUCCGCGAGGCCAAUCAUAAUGUGUCUGCUCCUUAUGGUAGAAUCACCCUUCAUGUCUUCUGGGAGCUGAACUAUGACUUCCUUCCAAAUUACUGCUAUAAUGGGUCCACUUACAGGUUUGUUCGUACUGUAAUGCCUUUCUCUCAGGAGUUCCAAAGGGACAAGCAGCCAAACGCUCAACCUCAGUACUUAUUUGGUUCAAAGCUUUUGAAUUUGGCGUACAGCAGCAUGUUUAGCUACUAUAGGCAUUUUGUGGGCCCCCCACACUUCAAAGUGAUCUGCCGACUUCUGGGGUAUCAGGGGAUUGCAGUAGUCAUGGAGGAACUACUGAAAGUCGUCAAGAGUCUGCUACAAGGUACAAUUCUUCAGUAUGUGAAAACGUUAAUGGAAGUUAUGCCCAAGAUCUGCCGCCUUCCCAGGCAUGAGUAUGGCUCUCCAGGUAUACUGGAAUUUUUCCAUCACCAGCUGAAAGACAUAGUGGAAUAUGCAGAGCUGAAAACAGUGUGCUUUCAGAACCUGAGGGAAGUGGGCAACACUCUCCUUUUCUGCCUUCUCAUAGAACAGAGCUUGUCCCUGGAAGAAGUCUGCGACCUGCUCCAUGCAGCUCCCUUUCAGAAUAUACUUCCAAGGGUGCAUGUUAAGGAAGGCGAACGCUUGGAAGCAAAGAUGAAAAGACUGGAAUCCAAGUACGCGCCUCUGCACCUAGUGCCACUCAUAGAGAGGCUUGGAACUCCUCAGCAAAUUGCUAUAGCAAGAGAAGGGGAUCUUUUGACCAAGGAGCGUCUUUGUUGUGGUCUCUCCAUGUUUGAAGUUAUCCUGACUAGAGUCCAGACCUUCUUGGAUGAUGCUAUAUGGCGUGGCCCUCUCCCCAGCAAUGGUGUGAUGCAUGUGGAUGAGUGUGUGGAAUUCCAUCGCCUUUGGAGCGCCAUGCAGUUUGUCUACUGUAUCCCAGUGGGAACACAUGAGUUCACUGUAGAGCAAUGCUUUGGUGAUGGACUGAACUGGGCUGGGUGCAUGAUCAUUGCACUUCUGGGGCAGCAUCGUCGCUUUGAUGUGCUAGAUUUCUGCUAUCAUCUACUCAAGGUACAGAAACAUGAUGGCAAAGAUGAAGUUAUCAAGAAUGUGCCCUUGAAAAAAAUGGUUGAACGCAUUCGCAAGUUCCAGAUACUAAAUGAUGAAAUAUUUGGCAUCUUAGACAAGUACUCAAAGUCAGUAGAUGGAGAGAAUACCCCUGUAGAGCAUGUUAGAUGCUUCCAGCCACCUAUUCACCAAUCUCUGGCCAGCAACUAAGCAUGCCUCCAGUCUCCAUCUGUGGGAUGGCAUACACCAUGUUCAUGGACUGUCUCUCUUGUAUACUGAAUGCAUUCUAUUUUUGCUACAAGUCAACAUUUAAAAAGAACGUGGAUUCUUCUUGUAUGUCACCGGUGUCCUCAAAGUUCUCCUCCCCAGUUCUUUUCUGUAUUUGUAAGUGACGGUAUUGUGGCAUGCAGCCAUAUUGGGACCAUAGCAGCACUGAGUCAUAACCUAAUCUAAAAGCAUUAAUGCCAAUGUAAAACUGUACACUACUGUUUGCACUGGGCUAAACCAUCUAAAUUGUUUUAUAAAAUCCACUGAGAUGAAUUCUAUAGUAAGGAUACAUUCCCGAUGUUUGUAUGGAGCCUAAGGAAAUUUCCUCUGAAUCUACAAGUAAUGAUUAACUUCUUUCCUGCAAUGCUACACUUGCAAUAAAGGUUUCUAAUAACAUCACAA